AUGGUAUGGUUAGAGGACAAGCAAGACUGGAUGUUAUACUUUGCGGUGCCCAGUGAGAAGUGCUCUGUCUACUCCAUGUGCGGGGCUUUCAGUUGGUGCGCCGAAAACAUCAUCCCAAUGUGUAGCUGCCUUAGGGGCUUCAGCGCACAGAGCCCAAAUGAAUGGAGCUCGGGAAAUUACACGGGAGGUUGCACUAGGAAUGUUGCAUUGCCGUGUAGCUUAAAUGGCGGAGGCUCGGUGCCAUCAAUGUAUGGAUAUGAAGAGGAUAGAUUCUAUGUGGCCAAUAAUGUGAGGUUACCUGAUGGGUCACAGACUGUGCAAGCAACAAGCGCAACUGAGUGUGAGGUAGCAUGCCUUAACAACUGUUCUUGCAUGGCAUACUCUUACAAUGAGACUUGCUCUUUGUGGUACACUGAUUUGAUGAACCUACAAGAAAAUCUUGAUAACACAACUAAUAGUAUAUUCAUUCGACUUCCUGCUUCCGAGAUACCACACACCAAAUCUUCGAGAGGGAAACCAUUAGGGAUUUUUGUUGGAGGCUCAAUACUCGCAUUGGGUGUAUGCCUUGUGGCUAUUUUGUGUCUUCUUCAUAAAAGAAGAAGGAUCAAGGGUUUACAUCAGAUUGACAUUAACAUGAUCACCUUUAGGUACAAAGAUCUGCAAUUGGUAACCAAUAACUUUUUAGAAAAGCUAGGUGCUGGAUCUUUCGGCUCCGUGUUCAAAGGAGUCCUUCAAGAUGGCACAACUGUGGCGAUUAAGAAGCUUGAAGGUGUUCGUCAAGGCGAGAAGCAGUUUCAGGCAGAGAUGAGCACACUUGGAACUAUUCACCAUGUAAAUUUGAUCCAAUUGAUUGGGUUUUGCUCAGAAGGAGAGGAUCGGAUGCUCAUUUACGAGUACAUGCCACAUGGCGCACUUGACCAAGACCUGUUUAGGGUUGGUCUUGGUGAUGUUCUACCUUGGAACACAAGAUACCAAAUAGCCAUUGGCAUUACCAAAGGUUUAACUUACUUGCAUGACAACUGCAGGAAUUGCAUCAUCCAUUGUGAUAUCAAGCCAGAAAACAUAUUAUUGGAUGCAACAUUUUCCCCAAAAGUGGCAGAUUUUGGACUGGCGAAGCUGCUAGGCCGGGACUUUAGCAGGGUCAUCACGACAAUGCGAGGAACCAUCGGGUUUUUGGCACCUGAAUGGAUAAGUGGUACCGCCAUCACCGCAAAAGCUGACGUGUUCAGCUACGGAAUGAUGCUCUUUGAGAUCAUCUCGCUGAAAAGAAAUGUGGAGCAUGAGAAGCGAUGCGCAGACAAGUUCUUUCCGAUACUAGUUGCAAUGAAGAUUCAAGAAGGAAAUGUGCAUGAAUUGUUGGAUGCUGAUUUGAGAAGAGAUGUCAACUUGGAGGAGCUCGACAGGGCUUGCAUGGUUGCUUGUUGGUGCGUCCAACAAGAUGAGCGCUCUAGGCCGACCAUGGGAGUAAUUGUACAGAUAUUGGAAGGCCUCGUGGAGGUUAAUAUGCCGCCAGUUCCACGAUAUCUUCAGUUUCUAGCUGAAUCGGCGGACGAGUCGAUGCUCUCAUCAACCAAAUAA